AUGCCGCCUGAACCAUCCAAUGGGGUAGCAGCACCAGUAUGUCAAGUUGAUGACUACUUCCACAACACUCCGCCGCCCAAGACGCUUGCCAGUCACCAAGCCUUAGUCCGAGAGUUCAUCCAGUAUCACUUGGAGAAUUCGCCCUCCCGGAGAAUCGUUCUGGUCACCUCUGGGGGGACCAACGUGCCCUUGGAAAAUCAGACAGUGCGCUUCAUAGACAACUUCUCGGCAGGCACUCGCGGAGCCACGUCCGCCGAAUACUUUCUACAGCAAGGGUAUGCCGUCAUCUUCCUACAUAGACGAUUCAGUCUUCUGCCGUACUCUCGACACUACAGCCACAGCACCAAUUGCUUCCUUGACUUUAUGAACGAGUCGGAUGAUGGGCGAGUUGUAGUUCGCACAGAAUACCAGGACGAGAUGCGGAAAGUCUUGCAGCAGUAUCACCAUGCAAAAGAUAAUCGGCUUCUGCUGGUGCUCCCCUUCACCACAGUUACUGAGUAUCUCUUCGAACUGCGCAGUCUAACUGUCAUGAUGCAACCGCUAGGUAACCGCGCAUUGUUCUACCUGGCCGCCGCCGUGUCUGACUUUUUCAUUCCGCGUGAUCGAAUGGAGGAGCACAAAAUCCAAUCUCGCGAGGGUCAUGCUGGAGACCAAGGAUCGGGGGCCGGCCGUCAACUGGUCAUCAACCUCGACCCGGUUCCAAAAGUCCUCAGCACUCUAGUCCAAUCCUGGGCCCCAAGGGGCAGCAUGAUAGUCAGCUUCAAACUUGAGACCGACCCGAGCCUCCUGGUCAGCAAGGCCGAACAAGCCUUGAAACGAUACCACCACGACCUCGUCAUCGGUAACCUCCUAAUGACUCGCAAAUGGGAGGUGGUCUUUGUUACUCCAGAUGGUGGAGAAAGAUGGAUACGAGUCCCGAAAUCACGGAGGUCCAAAAGCAUAUCGGGGGUAGAAGAACUGGUGGGAAAAGCAGAGCGCAAGCAUGAUCCGGAACCCGUCGACUUAGAGGGGGGUACAAUGAUGGACGGGGUGGAAAUAGAAAGCUUGAUCGUGCCCGAGUUGGUGCUGAUGCACACCAAAAGGAUGGAGCAGCAGUCGUGA